GAGGUACAUAAAGAUAUCAUUAAACCGACCAAACCAUCUAUAGAGAUGCGAUACAGUCCGCCGGAAACCUCAAUCUGAGACCACGUGCCACAGCUCAAUUAGGCAUAAAACCGAGUCUGACCUACUUCUUGGAGCCUACAUCCCCCUUCAACUCCAUCUCUUAUUUCAACCUCCCAAUUUGCUACAAACUCUCAUCAUGAAAAUCAUCAUCGUCGGCGGCGGCAUAGCCGGCCUAUCCACAUAUCUCCAUCUGCGCAAGCACCUCCCCAACCCCUCCACGCAUACAAUCACUAUCUACGAGUCCCACAGACCUAGCUCAAGACUCACUUCUACCUCUCAGACCUCCGCUCCCAUAAAUACACUUCAACAUCUUGAUCUUGACACUUUCUCGUCCUCUACCGCCCUCGUAGGCGGCGGCCUAGGUAUAUCGCCAAAUGGCAUGCGCGUCUUGCGCGAUCUAGAUCCAGAACUACAUCACCGCGUAGUAGCUCAAGGAUUCCCAGCUGAGCAGUUUGUUUUCAAAGGCGCGAAUGGGUGGACGUUAGGUGUGCAGAGUACGAGUGACAAAGCGUUCAGAAGUGUAGGUGAGGAAGAGGAGGUUUGCAUCGCAAGUUCGCGGCAUGGGCUUUGGGAGACGAUUAUGCGGUUUGUUGAGGGGAAGAAUAAUGAUGGUGAGAGUGUGGUGAAGCAUGCGCAGGUCGUGGGUGUUGAAAGGGAUGGGAGGCGGGGUCUUAGCGUGAGGACGAGGGAUGCAGAAGGGAUGGAGGAGGUGGAUGAAGCGGACCUUGUGAUCGGUGCAGAUGGCGUGAAGAGCGUUUGGCCUUCUCUCCGUCUAACUGCACUCAUGCCUUCAAUGCUGAUGCUAUUCAGUGGCCAAUCUGGCGUCGGUGGCUUUCUCAACGCGCCUAUACCUCCAUUCAUCGCCGAUAAUAAAGCCAUGGUCUUUGCAUUCGGCGGGAACGGCUUCUUUGGGUAUUCGUCUGGUGGGCCUCUCGCCGCUAAACAGCUCAUGUGGUGGUCUACUUUCGAAACCGAUAGUCUCCCUGAUACUAAAUCUAUCGACCCUCAGGCUAUUAAAACUGCGCUACUCGAACGACACAAGCAGUGGAAAGAUCCGAUUGUGCAAGACAUCGUUCAGAAAGCUAAUGUUGAAUCCAUCUACCCGACCUGGACUCUCCCAACGCUCCCCCACUGGGGCGAGAGGGGAAUUGUACUAGUGGGUGAUGCGGCGCAUGCCAUGGAUCCGACGACAGGCCAGGGCGCAAGUCAGGCUUUGGAGGAUUCGCAGACGUUUGCUCUAUUACUUGCGGGGCUGCUGGAAAGAGCUGAUGAACAAGUUGAUGAGGCGAUCAAGCUGUUUCACGAGAUACGCGCACCAAGGAUCAACGCGAUUGUUGAGCGAGGGAAGAAACUAGCUGGUCGGAAGGCUAACAUAGGUGUGGUGGCGGAGUACUUUAUAUACUCCUUUCUGUGGCUUCUGAUGAAGUUUCCUUCGAUUGGCAAGUUUGUACUUGGAGAUGUAAAUCGAGAACUGUAUUGCUGGUCUCCAAAGGACGAGGUUCGGAAGGCUUUAGUGGAAAGAAAGAAUGAAGGUGAUUCUGAAGUUCAAGGCAAAGGAAGACAAGUAGCCCGAGAUUACCUUAAGACAAGAUGAUUUGAAUAUUACCACGGAUGAUUAUCAUAGGAAGACAGCGGCCGGAGCUGACGAC